AUGAUAGCCCCGAAGCUCUCAUUCAUCAAACAAUGUUUGUCUCUUGCAACGCCGUUCGCAGCUUCAAAUUCUAAGUUAAUAAAGUUGUGUACAAAAGAAGCACAGUCUUUGAGGUCUUAUCACAAUAUCAACUCAUCUUUUAACCGCUGUCUCUCGUCGGGCCCGCAGGAUCCGAUUAAAUACAAGCAACUUGAACCAAAACGUUAUAACAAUGUUGCAAAGCAACUGCCACUCUCGAAGCUACCUCUGGAUGUGCUCAACUUGUCUAUGUUUCGACGUAAAAAUAAACCGAACAAAAAAAAGAAACGCAUCCCGAGGUUGAUAUUGUUACAGAAUCCCUUCACUUGGCUCAUGACCAAAAUUGACUUUAUUGUGCUAAGACGAGUUUGGGAUUCCUCAUUUCGGGAGAGAGAUUUUAAAUUUGGAACUACACAGGCCAUAUCCCGCGUAACGCAUAUUAUAAGCGAAGGUCAACUUGGAGAACUGAAUGGUUUACUGACGAAGCCAGCUCGAUUGAGCUUGGUGCGAGAGCUGGAUCGAAAUUGGGGCGAAAGACAAAGAUCUCUAUUGGCUCUAAAUCAUGGGGAUAUUCAAAUAUCAUCGCCGCGGAAAGUCUAUUUUAUAAGGAUAGCUGAUAAAAAGUUUUGUGACGUCGACAUGGCCUUCUUAGCACUAAAAUGGGCUCCAAUAAACAACAUAGACGCGCUGAUUUUCACGGAAAUCUUCGCUCGUUUCCACCGCGAAUAUACGCCGAAUUGCAUUCCCGAAUGGACCAUAGCAUAUUUCAAAGUAACCAGAUUCGAAGUUUUAAGACGAUAG